AUCAAGGGCCCAGAGAACAGGAACACACAUGUUAUAAUUAUGGACCCACACCAUUUGCAAAGAUAUCGAAUUACUGUAGUGAUCUUUCCAUCGCUUGAACUGUACUUUCUGUCUGUGUUCAGCUUAGAAACGCAAAGGGCACCGUGGAUGGGUAGUAAUAGGAAAACGACAGCACAAAGAGGCCAAUCUGCAGCCAGUGGAGUACGGACCUUUAAUCCUGGCAUUCUCUGGCGUCCACAGAUAAGGGCUCAACAAGGCACGUAGGUUCGAACCCUUCUGAUGAGGACAGGCCUUUGGACGUCUCCAGUCAGUUCCAGAGUAGUGGCAUGGCUGACCAGCACUGCCCGUUCCCCCUUCCCCUAUCAGUGGACAGAGGGGCCACCACCACCUCAGCACCUGACUCCACCCUCACCUCAGCCCAGACAGAGGAGUUCUUUGACCUGAUCGCCAGCUCUCAGAGUCACAGGUUGAAUGACCAGAGGGCCAGUGUCAGCAACUUCCCAGGGCUGAGGAUAACCCACAACAACCUGGGACACCAGUGUGCCGCUUGCACCCCCCAGGAGCCCACCGACGACUUCUUCAACAUGCUCAUCAAGUACCAGUCUUCCAGGAUCAACAAUCAGAGGUGUUCUCUCCCGGGCCAUGGUUGUGGAGCUCUGUCUGAGGAAGACAAGGACUUUUUCAGCCUAAUCCAGAGAGUCCAGGCCAAGCGCAUGGACGAGCAGCGCGCCCUCCUUCAGACAGGCGGACAGGAAGUGACAGAUAUGAACCCAGUGUCCAAACCUCCUGCUGGAUCUAUCUAGAGCUCAACACACUGGUUGCGUUCCUAGCUGACUACAUUGCAGAUGACUGCCAGAUUUCACAAAGCCUUGAUAGGUGUUUAACAUAUCAGUUCCCCACAUCAUAUGAUAUGGCAAUAUGAUGCCCUACUGCACAGUCAAUGACGUGUACACAACCAUUGGUUGAUGCAAUGCAACAACUGCAAUGUAGUCAGCCUGGAACGUGACCACUCCUAUCUGACCUCAAGCCCCUCCUAAGCCAUUAUUUGAGAGGUGGAACAUUUUGGGGUGGACAAAUGGGGGGUGAAGGAACUUGGGAAAGGGACAUUCAGAUUUUCGGGAAACCUGUGCAGAGGUGAUAAUGUGUGUGUGUGUGUGUGGGAGUUAUCCAUUCUACAAUGAAACUAUACUGCCUGAUGUAAUAAAAAAAGGAUCUUAUAAAAAAUUCAA